AUGUUCAGGGACAACAUAUUUAAAGAAGAGGAGGAAGAGGAGGAGGAGGAAGUUAACUCUGUGUUUUCUGAUGAUGAAAGGGUGAAGUUUAUGGGAGAGAAAAUUUGCCAAAUGUUAAAAGUCAGAACAGAGUCCUGGAAGGAGUUGAUCAUCACGGAGGAAACCCAAAGCCUUCUCACUGACUACUUUGAGACACGAGUUAAGUUUUUGUUUUUCACUUCAGCUGAGUCUGACGUCAUCACUGUCUCCUCAGAGGUUUCUUCUCUCUCUGAUUGCAAGAGGUUGUAUGUUCUCAAGAAGGAAAAUGUGCCAAUCCUUCCUGAAAACUGCAGGAACAUUCUGCUCUUUGGCGCAUUGUCACCGUCGCUGCUUCUACAGCUGUCAACCAUUGUGGACAAGGUCUGCCUGCCACUUUUGUCAAACAAGGAGAAUCAUCAGCUGUGGCCAAAUGUGAUAUCCCAGGAUGUAACACGACACAUAGAGAAUUUAUCAGACAAGGUCUCUGUGGUUAAAGGACAAGUCUAUGGGAAAACUGUGCUUCCUGUGCCAGCUGUGACAGAGAAGAUAGAAGCAUGCAUCAGUCUUGAGGGCUGUCAUGACCGGAGGGCAGUGAUGCAUGCAGUUGAGUCCAUGGUCAUUAACUGGGCCCAUUUGAUACAAAAAGUCUUAAAAGAAGAUUCUUCUGGACUUCUAUUAAAAGGGCAGAACCCAGGACCAAUCACUGAACUGGAUUUCUGGAGGUCAAGAAAAAACAACAUAGAAAACAUUCAUGAACAGCUUCAGAGUCCACCUAUUCAGAAGAUGGUGAGAAUCCUGGAAAUGGCAGACAGCAGCUAUUACCCAUCUUUUAGAGCACUUACAGAGGAGGUCUAUGAUGCAUUACAGGAAGCGAGAGAUGUGGAUCUUCACCUGCAGCAGCUUCGGCCAAUCUUGUCUUGUUUUGAAAACGUGGACUGCUCAUCCAUCCAUCCAUUCAUAACUCUACUCUUUCAUGUUAUCUUUCUGGUUUGGACUCAUUGCUCAUUCUACUGUCAGCCUGCUCGCAUUGUAGUGCUGUUGCAGGAGCUGUGCAACCUCCUCAUUCAGCAGGCUAACUCGUACCUGUGUGGAGAGGAGCUGCUAAGAGGAGACACAGAGGAAACUCUGGAGAAGCUUCAGGCUGUUACGAAGCUUAUUAAAUGUUUUAAGGAAACAUUCCAUACCUACAGAGAGAAGGUGGCCACCUGGGCCAUCUCCAAAGGCAUACGCAAGUGCUGGGACUUUCCAUCUGCUUUGGUCUUUGGUCGCUUUGACUGUUUCACAGCUCGAGUGCUACAGUUAGAGGAUCUUUUCCUCACCAUGGUCAAGUUACAAAAAUUGGAGAAGGUUAUUAUUGGUGGAAUCAAGGGAAGAAUGUACACUGAACAGGUUUUUCUACUGCACUCUGAGUUUCAGCAGCUCUGCAAAGGAAUCAUGAACAGUGAAUAUGAUCCUUUAGAUUUGACAUCCAAGCAUUUUGAAAAGGAUUAUACACAUUUUAAAGAAAAGGUUGCAGACUAUGAUCGACAGCUUGUCAACAUCCUUUGCCUGGCCUAUAAAGACUGUUCAGGAUUGGAAUCUAUUUUCAAACUGCUUGCGGUGUUUCAACCUUUCAUGGACAGAGAGAUCAUUAAGGAAACAUUCACCCCCAAUUUCACCAAACUGAUGCAACUUUUUGGUGUUGAGCUGGAAACAUGUAAAUACCUACUUCACUCACAGCAGGAGCAGAGGAAGAACUGUACAGCUAUAGUGGGUAAGAACAUGCCUGCCAUGUCUGGUGCUUUGAAAUGGGCCAAAAUGCUGAGAAACAGAAUCCAGGUCCUGUGGGAAAAUAUGCGAUUUGUGCUUGAUAUGACUUUGGAAGAAGUAGACAUGAAGUUAUUAAGUCAUAAAUACAUGGAGAUGUCCUCACGACUGGAUGAGUAUGAAAAAGAGGUGUACUCAGAUUGGUGCAGUAAUGUUGAACAGGUCUGCCAGCUGAACCUCGACCAACCCCUAAUCAGGAGAGAUUUAAUUUCUGGUUUCCUAUCAGUGAACUUCAAUCAGGAGCUGUUAGCUGUCCUGAGGGAUGUCAGAUAUCUUGGGAUGUUGGACCAGACCUGUAUCCCUUGUGCUGCCUUAGCAGUGUAUGAGAAGAGAGACAUGUUUCUCACGUGCUUGAGUAGUUUGCAGUUACUAAUCCAGCUGUACAACAAGGUACGGCACAUGGCUGUGGAUGCGGAGGUUUCCCUUAUGAAAGCUGAGUUAGAGGCCAUAGACAAGCAGCUGUAUCGGGCUGAAACGGAUCUGACAUGGCAAGACCAAGGCUGCUUGAACUAUAUCUGCCAGGUGAAAGACAUGGUGUAUAAAAUGGAGCGCAAGCUUCAAAAAUCCAGAGACAAUGUUGAAAGGAUUAAGGAGUUGAUGAAGGGAUGGAGCAAGCAGCCAAUCUUCUGCAGGAGGGACAAUAAAAAAGACACACUGCUGACGCUGGAGGACAGAGCAGCAAGAGUGGCAAAGAAAUAUAGUAGCAUCAGGAAGGAUGGAGAGACCAUACACAGUCUGUUACAGGAGAACAGAAACCUCUAUACAGCAGAUGAGGAUUCAGAAGCAUGGAAAGAGUAUGUGGAAUAUGUGGAUGAAAUGGUAGUGGAAGGCUUUUUCAAUGCCGUCACUUACUCUUUAGAGUUCUUUGUUAACAACAUGGAAGAAUCAGUGAGACAGGCUCCACUGUUAGAAGCUCAGAUGGUGCUUAACACAUCUGAGAUCGUUUUCAGACCCUCUCUGGACAUCGGUGCAGGAGACGGCCUUUAUGAGUUAGUCGAGGGACUGUUGCAGGACGUGUUCCAAAUGUCCACUCAAAUCAAAAGGGUAGCACCUCAUCUGGAUAUGAAAGACUAUCAGGUUGAUAUGGAUGAUAUGCUGGACCUCUUAGACCUACGACAGGAAGUGAUGGAGCGAGUGAAAAAUGUGAUCGUGAAAGCCUCCAAGUAUCAGAGCUCAUUCAAAAACUACACACACCUGUGGCUGGAUGAGCGGAGUGAGUUUCUCAAGCAGUUUCUCCUGUAUGGUCAGGCUCUGACAACUAAAUACGUGGAAGCAUAUGGGGAGGCUAUAGAUUUACCAGAGAAUCCACCCACAACUGACAAGUUCAAAGAGCAGAUUGACCAUUAUGAAGAACUCUAUGUACAAGUGAGCAAGCUCGAGGACUGGCGAGUAUUUGACGGCUGGUUUAGGGUGGAUAUCCGCUCGUUUAAGAUGAGUCUUUUAAACACAAUUAAAAAAUGGAGCUGGAUGUUCAAGGAGCACCUUAUAUCAUAUGUGACAGAAAAUAUUACAGACCUUGAGGAGUUUAUCCUCAGGGUUGACUCAAGGCUAAGAGAGCCAAUGAAGAGUGAAGACUACCAGGCCCUGGUGCAGGUUAUGGGCUGUCUGUUGGAUGUCAGAUCCAGACAGCCCAGUACAGACCAGAUGUUUGAUCCACUCACAGCUGUGGUCAGCCUGCUACAGCAGUAUGGAGAAACACUCCCUGACCAUAUCUACACUCAACUAGAGGAAUUACCUGAGAGAUGGAAUAGCAUUAAGAAGCUGGCCUGGUCGGUGAAACAUGAGGUUGCUCCUUUGCAGAAUGAAGAAGUGGCAGUCAUACGCAAGAAGUAUGCAGCCUUUGAAAUAAAGCUGCAUCAGUUUGAAGAGAAGUUUAGAAUGGAAGCUCCUCUUCACUGCAACACAGAGAGCCCUUACACUCAACUAGAUUACUGGCAAAGCGAGGUGGUAAGACUAGAGCAGGAGGCAAUGAUGCUGCAAAAGUCCUGCAAGCUGUUUGAAGUGAGCAGCCCAGAUUUCAGGCAGCUCGGACUCUGUAAGAGACAGAUCUUUGUCUUAAAGCAGCUCUGGGACCUGCUGCUGUGUGCUCAGAAUAUUAUGGAAGUCUGGAAGGAGACACACUGGAGAGAAAUUAAUGUAGAUCAGACGGAUACAGAGCUGAAGAGGUUUGCAAAAGAAAUGCAGAGUCUUGAUAAAGAUGUGCGGAGUUGGGAUGUAUAUAUUGGACUGGACCAUGCACUGAAAGAUUUUCUGACUGCGUUACGGGCCUUGACUCAGCUACAGAACCCUGCUAUGAGAGAGCGACACUGGGCACAGCUGGCUACGGCCAUGAAGGUUGACUUUACCGUGACGGAGAAAACAACUCUUGCAGACUUGCUGACUCUGCAGCUACACAUGUAUGAAGAGGAAGUUCAUAAUACAGUGGCCAAAGCAGUGAAAGAGAUGGCCAUUGAAAAGGCGUUAAGUGAGAUCAGUCAGACAUGGUCCCUGAUGGAGUUUACUUAUGAAGAGCAUUUCCAUACCUCAACACCUGUGCUGAAGUGCGACGAUGAACUCAUUGAGAUGCUGGAAGAUCAUCAGGUACAGUUGCAGGCCAUGUUGCAGACUAAGCAGGUGGAGUUCUUCCACAGACAGGUCCUGGUUCUGCAGGGCCAGCUCACACAGGCUGACACAGUGUUGCUCAUCUGGUUGGAGGUGCAGAGAACAUGGGCUUACCUGGAGAGCAUCUUUAUGGGCUCAGACGACAUUCAUCACCAGCUGCCUGAGGAGACACAGCGAUUCUAUGCUAUUGACACUGACUUUAAGGACUUAAUGUUUAAAAGUGCUGAAACAAAGAAUGUGAUCGCUGCCACCAACAAACCCCAUCUUUUGGAGAUACUUGAAGAUUUGCAAAUAAGACUUGCUGUGUGUGAGAAAGCACUAGCCAAAUACCUUGAAAAAAAGAGAAUAGCUUUUCCACGCUUCUACUUCAUCUCUUCUGGUGACUUACUGGAUAUUCUUUCCAAAGGCAACCAGCCCAAAGAGGUCACCCAUCAUCUAGCUAAGCUGUUUGACAGUAUUGCUGACCUGCAGUUCUGUCAGGACGAGCACAGGAUGAAGGACAUGGUAGCUAUAGGGAUGUUCAGCAGAGAGAAAGAAUAUGUACCUUUCCAUUCACAGUGUGACUUUGUGGGUCCGGUCGAGCUGUGGCUGACUAACCUUGAAGAGGUAAUGAGAGAAACAGUGAGGAGGCACAUAGCUGAGGCUGUAGUUCAGUAUGAGGAGCGACUGUGGGAGCAGUGGGUUCUGGAGCACCCGGCUCAGGUCGCUCUCACUGCUUCUCAGAUCUGGUGGUCUACUGAUGUAGGCCUUGCUUUUCAACGUCUGGUGGAAGGCUUUGACACAGCACUGCGAGAUUACAGCAAGAAACAGAUUGCUCAACUAAACUCCUUGAUAAACAUGUUGUUGGGAGAGCUGAGUCCAGGGGACAGACAGAAGAUCAUGACUCUCUGCACCAUUGAAGUCCAUGCCAGAGACAUAGUAUUCAAACUCAUCACACAAAAGGUGAACAGUGCCAAUUCUUUUGCCUGGAUUUCUCAGCUGCGUCACUACUGGGAUGAAAAACAGAAGCACUGCUUUGCGAACAUCUGUGAUGCUCAAUUCCUAUACUCCUAUGAGUACCUGGGCAAUACACCACGCUUGGUCAUUACCCCUCUCACAGAUAGGUGCUAUGUGACCUUAACCCAGUCUCUGCACCUGACGAUGAGUGGAGCUCCAGCUGGCCCUGCUGGCACAGGCAAGACUGAGACCACUAAAGACCUGGGCAGGGCCCUCGGUGUGAUGGUGUACGUCUUUAACUGCUCUGAACAGAUGGACUACAAGUCCAUAGGAAAUAUCUUCAAAGGUCUGUCUCAGACUGGCACAUGGGGCUGCUUUGAUGAAUUUAACCGCAUUGCCGUAGAGGUGCUGUCAGUAGUGGCAGUGCAAGUGAAGACUAUACAAGAUGCCAUUCGUCACAAGAGGAAGAGGUUGCUCUUCUUAGAUGAGGAGAUGAGCUUGAAGCCCACAGUUGGGAUUUUUAUCACCAUGAACCCAGACUAUGCUGGACGAACUGAGUUACCUGAGAAUCUCAAAGCACUCUUCAGGCCGUGUGCCAUGGUAAUGCCGGAUUUGGAACUGAUCUGUGAGAUUAUGCUGAUGGCUGAGGGCUUUCUGAAUGCAAGGCUCCUAGGUAGAAAGUUUAUCACCCUAUAUAACCUCUGCAAGGAGCUGCUCUCCAAACAGAACCAUUAUGACUGGGGCUUGCGUGCCAUCAAGUCUGUCUUGGUAGUUGCUGGUGCUCUUAAAAGAGAGGACAAGGCCAAACCAGAAGAUCAGGUGUUAAUGCGUGCUCUGCGUGACUUCAACAUACCUAAAAUCGUCACCGAGGAUGUCCCAGUGUUCCUGGGUCUAGUUAGCGACCUGUUUCCUGGUGUCGAGGUACAGAGGCAAACUGAUCAUCAUUUUGAGCAGCUGAUUCGGCAGAGUGCCCUGGACCUCAAACUCCAACCAGAGGAUCCCUUCAUCCUCAAGGUAGUUCAGCUUGAAGAACUUAUGAGUGUCCGUCACUCAAUAUUUGUGAUGGGAAAUGCUGGCACAGGGAAGAGCCAGAUCCUAAGAACUCUCUAUAAAACUUACAUCAACAUGCAAAAGAAACCUGUAUGGAAUGAUCUGAACCCCAAGGCAAUAAGUAGAGAUGAACUUUUUGGUUUCAUCCAACCAGGAACUCGGGAAUGGAAAGAUGGCUUAUUGUCACGCUUAAUGCGUGAACAAGCUAAUAACUCUCAUCCUGGUCCUAAGUGGAUUAUUCUGGAUGGAGAUGUAGACCCCAUGUGGACCGAGUCUCUCAACACUGUCAUGGAUGACAAUAAGGUGCUGACUUUGGCCAGUAAUGAGAGGAUACCACUGACCUCCUCAAUGAGAAUGGUGUUUGAAAUCAGCCACCUGAGGAAUGCAACACCUGCCACUGUGUCUCGAGCUGGCAUCCUGUACGUCAACCCACAAGAUCUCAGUUGGAACCUGUAUGUAACCAGUUGGAUUGAUAGAAGGAAACACCAGACUGAGAAAGCCCACCUCACAAUCUUAUUUGACAAAUACGUCACCCGUUGCAUAGAGCAAAUGAGAAGCUCAUUUAAGACCAUCAUCCCAAUCCCAGAAAACAGCAUGGUACAGACUCUGUGCUUGUUGCUGGACUGUUUACUCACCUCUGAGAACUUUCCAGCCGACUCUCCCCGUGAAGUAUACGAGACCUACUUUGUGUUUGCUUGCAUCUGGGCGUUUGGUGGUGCUACAUAUCAAGAUCAGCUGCGUGACUACAGAGCUGAGUUCAGUCAAUGGUGGACUAAAGAAAUGAGAAGCAUUAAGCUACCAGCACAUGGCUCCGUGUUUGAUUAUUACCUGGAUCCCCAGACCAGACGCUUCUUACCAUGGACUGACAAAAUAACAUCUUUUCACGUGGAUGCAGACAAACCAUUGCAGGCCGUGCUGGUCCCGACAGCAGAGACGGUGCAGUUACAGUACUUCAUGCGCUUGUUACUGGAAAGCGCUCAGCCUCUGAUGCUGGUUGGGGGAGUGGGCACAGGAAAAACAGCUAUAGUCAAAGACUUGUUGGCCACACUACCAGAAACCUUUGUAUCUGCCAGUGUCCCUCUCCAUCAUUACAGCACAUCCUCUACACUUCAGAAGACGCUGGAGAGGCAGUUGGAGAAGAAAGCAGGCAGGAAGUAUGCUCCUUCAGGGAAUAAGAGACUCAUCUACUUUGUUGAUGAUAUGAAUAUGACAGCCAUAGACAGUUAUGGCACGGUUCAGCCUCACACCCUCAUACGCCAGCAUUUGGACUAUAAACACUGGUAUGACAGUCAAAAGCUAACUCUGAAAGAGAUACACAAGACCCAGUAUAUAGCCUGUUUGAAUCCACAAGCAGGCAGUUACACAAUCAAUCCCAGACUACAGAGGCAUUUCUCAGUUUUAGCAGUGAACAACCCCACUCGUGAGGCUUUGAGCUCCAUUUACAGCUCCAUUCUCAGCCUGCACAUACAAAGUCUACCAUUCAGCACAGCUGUGGCCAGGAGUGUCCCAUCUGUGGUACAAGCAGCCACUGCUCUACAUGACAGAGUGAUCCACCAUUUCCUCCCCUCUGCUAACAAGUUCCUCCACUUCUUCAGCCUGUGGGACCUCUCCCAGCUCUUCCAGGGCCUAUUGUUGUCUAGACCUGAGUGUGUGAGGCAUAGCUCUGACUUGGUUCAGCUGUGGGUGCAUGAGUCCAGGAGAGUAUAUUCUGACCGGAUGGCUGACAAUGCUGACCUGCAGCUUUUCCGCAGGCUCCAGACAGAAGUUGUUCAGCAAGUGUUUGAGCAGCUUGUGCUACAGGAACCACUGAUAUACCUGCACAGCAGCAAGGGGGGCAUGGAGCCUUGCUAUGGUCCUGUAGAGGGAUGGGAGCAGUUGAGGAGCGCCCUGACAGCUGCCCUGGACACCUACAACCAGCUUCAUUCCACCAUGAAUAUAGUGUUGUUCCAAGAAGCCAUGCAACAUGUCUGUCGGAUCAGCCGAAUCCUGGUGUGUCAGCGUGGCCAUGCUUUGCUAGUGGGCGUGGGUGGCAGUGGCAAGCAGAGCCUGACUCGUCUGGCUGCCUACUUCUCCGAUAUGAACACCUUUCAGCCUGUCCUGCACAAGGGGUACAGCAUCCAAGACCUGAAGGUGGAUCUAGCAGGUCUCUGUGUAAACACUGGGGCAAAAAACCUUCCUACAGUGCUCCUGCUUACAGAUGCUCAGAUCCCUGAUGAGCGCUUCCUUAUCAUCAUCAGUACCCUGCUUUCCUCAGGUGAGAUCCGAGAGCUGUUGUCCGAUGAGGAGGUGGACACUGUAGUGAAGGCAGUGAAGAGGGAAGUUCAUGAAUCAGGCUUGUUGGACAACACAGAGAAUUGCUGGAGGUUCUUCACAGACCGUGUCCGUCAAAAUCUCAAGGUGGUGCUGUGCAUGUCUCCUGUAGGUAAUACCCUGCGUAUUCGUGUGCGCCGUUUCCCAGCUCUCCUCAGCUGCACUGCAGUGGAUUGGUUCCACGAAUGGCCCCAGGAGGCACUGCAAUCUGUCAGCCUACAGUUUAUAAAGGAACUUCAUGGCAUUGAUCCAGCCAUUCAGGAACCCAUCAGUCUUUUCAUGGCCCAUGCUCAUACCAGUGUCAAGCAGGCGAAUGAGUGCUAUCGGCAGAAGGAGAGGAGGCACAACUACAGCACACCCAAGAGCUUCCUGGAACUGCUCAGGUUGUUUGGUGCGCUGUUGGAGAAGAGAGAUCUGCAGCUGCAGCAGAGGCUUAGCAGACUGAACUCAGGCCUGCAUAAACUGAAGACCACUGCCUCACAGGUGGGAGAGCUUAUGGCUAAACUGAACUCUCAGGAAGUGGAGCUGAAUAUGAAGAACCAGGCAGCUGAGACUUUCAUCGCCAAGAUUGGACAACAGACAGAAAGAGUGAGCCAGAAAAGGAAGGAUUCAGAUCUAGAAGAGCAAAACGUGGCAGCCAUAAAGGCAGAAGUGACACAGAGACAGAAAGACUGUGAGGAUGACCUGAUUAAAGCUGAACCUGCUUUAGAGGCUGCCACGGCAGCUUUAGAUACUCUUAACAAGGUGAACCUGACAGAGUUAAAGACGUUUCCCAAUCCUCCAAAGGCCGUAACAAAUGUGAUGGCAGCAGUAAUGGUCCUGUUGGCCCCCUGUGGACAUGUUCCUAAAGAUCGUAGCUGGAAGGCUGCCAGAGCUUUUAUGGGCAAGCUGGAUGACUUCCUGCAGGCUUUGGUGUACUAUGAUAAGGAGAACAUACCUGAGCAAUGUCUUAGUACAGUCAAGCAGGAGUACCUCAGUAAUCCAGAGUUCCACCCUGACCACGUUCGCACCAAGUCCUAUGCUGCUGCUGGUCUCUGUGCCUGGACCAUCAAUAUCGUGCGUUACUAUGAGGUGUACUGUCAGGUGGUGCCAAAGCGUCAGGCUCUUUCUCAGGCCAACAUUGAGCUGGACAAUGCUACAGCUAAACUGCUCACCGUGAGAAAUAAAUUGGAUGACCUAGACAAGCACUUGCAAAGCCUUACAGCCCAGUUUGAGAGAGCAGCAGCUGAGAAACUGCACUGCCAGGAGGAAGUGACCCAUACCAGACAGACCAUCGAGCUGGCCAGUCGGCUGGUGGGAGGCUUGCAGUCUGAGAAUGUGCGGUGGUCAGAAUCUGCGCUAGAGCUGGAGGCUCAGCAGAAGACACUGUGUGGGGAUGUGUUACUGGCUGCAGCCUUUGUCUCUUAUGCUGGAUAUUUUACUCAGCCUUACAGGCAGCAGCUUGUAGCGUGCACAUGGAAGCCUUUCCUCAAAGAACUAAAACCCCUCAUCCCGCUGACAGAAGGCCUGGAUCCUAUCCUGCUGCUUGCUGAGCAAGCCAGCAUUGCUGCCUGGCACAACCAGGGCCUGCCGCCUGAUAGGCUGUCUGUGGAGAACGCUGUGAUCCUGACUUGCAGCCAAUGCUGGCCGCUCCUUGUAGACCCCCAGCAACAGGCUGGCAAGUGGCUCCGCAAUCUCUACGGACCUGGACUCAGAGUGCUGCAACACGGAGAGAAAGGAUAUCUGGAUGUGAUUGAGCAGGCACUGGUCUGUGGUGAAGUUGUGUUGAUUGAAAAUGUUGACGGGAGACUGGAUGCAAUCCUGGAGCCUCUGUUGGCCAGGAACACUACCAACAAAGGAAGGUGUAUCAGGCUGGGGGAUCGAGAUUGUGAGUAUAACAGCAAGUUCCGUCUUCUUCUACACACAAGGCUGGCCAACCCUGACUUCCCUCCUGAGCUGCAAGCCCAGACCACCUUCAUUAACUUCACAGUGACGCAGGCUGGCCUGGAGGAGCAGCUCCUGGGACAGGUGGUCAGCCAUGAGAGGCCUGACCUGGAGACCAUGAAGUUGGAGCUGAGCACUCAGCAGAACCUGUGUCAGAUAGAGCUGAAGAAGUUGGAGGAUGAGCUGCUGAGCAGGUUGUCUGCUGCUGAGGGUAGCUUUUUGCGAGAUGCAGCAUUAGUGGAACAGCUGGAGCACACAAAGAACACUACUGCACACAUCCAAAACAAGGUCAUAGAGGCAAGAGAGAAUGAAAUGAAAAUCAAUGAGAUCUGUGAGCUCUACCGUCCUGUAGCACAGAGAGCUACUCUUCUUUACUUUAUCAUUAAAGAGCUACACAACAUCAAUCCCAUGUACCAGUAUUCCUUUAAGGCUUUUAGUGGAGUAUUCCACAAAGCAAUAGAGCAAACUCCACGAUAUGAAGACGUCGCAGCGCGUGUCCAUUCCCUCACUGAGGCUGUCACUUACUCUAUCUUCAUGUACACCAGUCAGGGCCUCUUCCAGAAGGACAGACUCACCUUUCUGACCCACACUGCCUUCCAGAUUCUCCUGAUGAAAGGGUCUAUUGAAUCAGAGGAGCUGAAUCUUCUUUUGCGUUUCCCAGUGGAAUUCAGCAGUGGAAGUCCUGUCAGCUUCCUGUCUACUCAGGCCUGGGGAGCCAUCAGGGCUUUGUCAGUGUUGGAGGCAUUUCGUGGUCUGGACCGGGAUGUAGAAGGCUCACCAAAGCGCUGGAGGAAACUGGUGGAAUCUGAGUAUCCAGAGAGAGAGCGUCUCCCUUUGGACUGGAAUAAGAAAAAUACUCUGCAGAGACUCAUUAUCCUCAGAGCCAUGCGGCCUGACAGGAUGAGCUAUGCUCUCAGGAACUUUGUGGAGGAGAGUUUGGGCUCUAGAUAUGUGGAAACAACCAGGAUAGAGUUUGAGAAGUCUUAUGAGGAGAGCAGUCCUUCAACACCAGUUUUCUUUAUCCUGUCUCCUGGAGUCAACCCACUGAAAGAUGUGGAAACACUCGGCUUGAAGCUGGGCUUCUCUAUAGACCAGAGGAACCUUCACAACAUCUCACUGGGGCAGGGCCAGGAGAGUGUGGCUGAGAAGGCUCUAGAAAUGGCAGCUACAAAAGGCCAUUGGGUCAUUCUACAGAAUGUGCAUUUAGUGGAGCGUUGGCUGGGUCAUCUGGAAGGUCUUUUAGAGAGUACAGGGCGAAAAGCUCACCCGCUGUACAGAGUGUUCAUGAGCGGACAACCUGCUCCCAGUCCUGAGGAGCACAUCAUUCCCAGAGGCAUCCUGGAAAAUGCACUCAAACUGACCAAUGAGCCACCCACAGGCAUGAACGCCAGCCUGCAUGCUGCACUACACAACUUCAGCCAGGAAACUUUGGAGAUGUGUUCUCAUGAGCAGGAGUUUAAAGCACUCCUGUUCUCUCUCUGCUAUUUCCACGCUUGUGUCAGCGAGAGGAGGAAGUUUGGGCCUCAGGGUUGGAAUCGCUGCUACCCAUUUAACACUGAAGACCUCACCAUCUCCAUUAAUGUGCUGUAUAACUACCUGGAGGUUAAUUCAAAAGUGCCGUGGGAGGACCUGUGUUAUCUGGUAGGAGAGAUCAUGUAUGGAGGACACAUCACUGACGACUGGGAUAGGAGACUCUGCCGCACGUAUAUACAGGAGCUCUUUAAUCCAAAGAUGUUUGAAGGAGAGCUGUUCCUCUGCCCUGGCUUCUCAGUUCCUCCUGAUCUGGACUACGCUGGCUAUCACAGCUAUGUGGACAAGAGGUUGCCAGAGGAAAAUCCAAGUCUCUAUGGCUUGCAUCCCAACGCAGAGAUUGAGUUUAUGACCGUCACGUCCAACGCUCUCUUUAACACUCUGUUAGAACUGCAAUGUCAAGACUCAGUGGGAGAGGAAGCAGCACAGAGUGUGGAGGAGAAGGUGAAAAGUAUGCUUGAUGACAUUCUGGAGAAGCUGCCUGAGAAAUACAGCAUGUCAGAGCUGCUCACUAAGACGUCAGAGCGCAGUCCGUUGGUUCUGUUUUGUUUGCAGGAGUGUGAGCGCAUGAACCUGCUGAUAUCUGAAAUCCACAGCUCUCUUACACAGCUGGACCUGGCCUUGAAGGGUGAGUUAAGCAUCUCUCCUGACAUGGAGACUCUGCAGACGGCGCUUUACUACAACCGAGUUCCUGAAAGCUGGAGCCGACUGACCUACCCCUCUACAAACACACUGAGCCAGUGGUUCAGUGAUGUCCUCAGUCAGUGUCGAGAGCUGGACACCUGGACUCAAGACUUUGUGCUUCCGGCUGUGGUGUGGCUCUCGGGACUGUUCAGCCCACAGUCUUUCCUGACCGCGAUCAUGCAGAGCAUAGCUCGUAAGAACAAGUGGCCACUUGACAAGAUGGCUUUGUCUGUGGAUGUGACUAAGAAGACAAAGGAUGAUUAUGGCCACCCACCUCGAGAGGGUGCUUAUGUUCACGGGCUGUAUAUGGAGGGUGCUCGAUGGGACGUGUCAGCAGGGGUGCUGUCCGAGGCUGUGUUAAAGGACCUGACUCCGGCCAUGCCAGUGCUGUAUAUCCGUGCAGUACCUGCCGACAAGCUGGAGCUGAAUAACACCUACGAAUGCCCAGUGUACCGAACCAAGCUCCGCGGUCCUACUUUCAUCUGGAGCUUUCACCUCAAAACACGCCACCCACCUGCCAAGUGGGUGCAGGCGGGCGUGGCCCUGUUGCUGUCUGUGUGA